CCUGAGGUCCGGGAUUAGCCGCGGGCGCCGUCAAUCCAGAGGCAGGGGGUGGGACGGUGCAGGCUCAGAGAAUUGGGUUUGGCUGGCCUGGAUUUAAAGAGACAGAAGCUGUCGGGGACCUAGAAGACGGCUCGUAAUACCCUCCCCCCGAGUCCUUGGGACCGCUUGGGUCCCCAGCGCUGGGGCUAUGGUUUGCGGCGGCUUUGCCUGCUCCAAGAAUGCGCUGUGCGCGCUCAACGUGGUCUACAUGCUCGUGGGCUUGCUGCUGAUUGGCGUGGCCGCCUGGGGUAAGGGCCUGGGUCUGGUGUCCAGCAUCCACAUCAUCGGUGGAGUCAUUGCUGUGGGAGUCUUCCUUCUCCUCAUUGCAGUGGCCGGACUGGUGGGUGCUGUCAACCACCACCAAGUCCUGCUGUUCUUUUACAUGAUCAUCCUUGGUUUGGUGUUCGUCUUCCAGUUUGGAAUCUCCUGCUCAUGUCUGGCUAUUAACCGAAGCAAACAGGCAGAUGUCAUCAAUGCUUCUUGGUGGGUCAUGAGCAACAAAACCCGACAUGAACUGGAGAGAAGUUUUGAUUGUUGUGGCUUGUUCAACCUCACAACCAUGUAUCAAGAUGAUACUUCCUGCAAUGCUAUCUGCAAGAACAAGAGCUCCACGUGCCCCAUGUGUGGAGAGAAGCUCCUUAAGCAUUCAGAUGAAGCCCUGAAGAUUCUGGGGGGCGUGGGACUCUUCUUCAGCUUUACCGAGAUCCUUGGUGUCUGGCUAGCGAUGAGAUUCCGGAAUCAGAAGGAUCCACGUGCCAACCCCAGUGCCUUCCUGUGAGACUCUGGCCCUUGCUGCCUUCUCUCCUGUGUUUUCUUUUUCCCUUAGGGAAAAUCCAGGGUCUGCUGCCCUUUUUGUUUGAGAAAAAGGAAGGGCCCUCUGGUACAUCCCCUGAGAACAACUGAACAGUGAGGCUUCAGAGCCUGACAGAUUUGGUGGCAGCCAGAUUACAGGCUAGAAAGAAAAGCUUUGUCUUCCCAAGUGGAUGCAGGCAGCUCCUGGGAGUGCAUGGGCUGGGGCUGUCUCCCCUCUUCACCUUCCCACAUGCUGGCCACCUCCACUCACUGCCUGGGCUCUGGAGGUCAAUCAGGGCGGAGCCAAGGAGAAAACCAAGAACGCCUAAAAAGGACCCAGUUUGAGCCAUUUCAGUAAAUAUAAAAAUAAAAGCCAUUUCAAUUCCAAGUUUGUGAGUGCAGGGGCUCUGUGUGGCUGCCCAGGCCCUGGGUCUAACUUCAGGACACUCUUUAAGGGGCUAAGGGAAGUCCCUUCUUCCACAUGGUUUCUCCAGAUCUCCCAGUGACAAAGCCAAUCAGAGGAAGAAACAUUAAAAAAAAAAGACCUUA